CCUCCGUCACUGCAGCUCUUUUCUUCAGUCUCAUCCACCAGCUCAGUUUUUGGAGUGUUUCUGUGUCUGUGUGAUCAAUUGUCAUUACUGAUUGUCUACACCACUCACACACAUCCCAACACCAUGUCUGUUCAACUCACUCCCUCCAAGCAGGCUGCGUCUUCCCUCGAGAACCUCAAGAUGAGCGAUUCGCCUGUUAAGAAGCUCAACUUCGGCGCUGCCGACAAGGAGAACACGCCCUCCACCUUCGACGUCACCGACAAGCCCGUCGAGAAGCCUACCGAAGCCCCAAAGGUCGCACCCGGCAUCAAGGCAAUGGAGGCCAACGAGCCUCUGCUUCAAGAGAACCCCCACCGUUUCGUCCUUUUCCCCAUCAAGUACCACGAGAUCUGGCAGAUGUACAAGAAGGCUGAGGCCUCUUUCUGGACCGCUGAAGAGAUCGAUCUGUCGAAGGAUCUGCACGACUGGCACAACCGUCUGAACGACGAUGAGCGCUACUUCAUUUCCCACGUUCUUGCCUUCUUCGCGGCCUCGGAUGGCAUUGUCAACGAAAACCUGGUCGAGCGCUUCAGUGGCGAGGUUCAGGUGCCUGAGGCUCGUUGCUUCUACGGAUUCCAGAUCAUGAUGGAGAACAUUCACUCCGAGACCUACUCUCUGCUCAUCGACACCUACAUCAAGGAGCCCAAGCAGCGCACCUACCUCUUCGACGCUAUUGAUACCAUUCCUUGCAUUGCCAAGAAGGCCGAAUGGGCCAUCCGGUGGAUCCAGGACCGCGAAUCGACGUUCGCCCAGCGUCUGGUGGCCUUUGCCGCCGUGGAGGGUAUCUUCUUCUCCGGUUCUUUUGCUUCCAUCUUCUGGCUCAAGAAACGUGGUCUCAUGCCCGGCUUGACCUUUUCCAACGAGCUCAUCUCCCGUGAUGAGGGUCUGCACACUGACUUUGCCUGCCUGCUGUUCUCGCACCUGAACAACCGCCCCAGCAAGCAGGUGGUUGAGGACAUCAUCGUCGAGGCUGUCGGCAUUGAGCAGGAGUUCCUGACGGACGCGCUGCCCUGUGCUCUGCUGGGUAUGAACUCCAAGUUGAUGUGCCAGUACAUUGAGUUCGUGGCCGACCGCCUGCUGGUGGCGCUGGGUAACAAGAAGUACUACAACGCGACCAACCCCUUCGACUUUAUGGAGUCGAUCUCGUUGGCGGGCAAGACCAACUUCUUCGAGAAGCGGGUGGGAGACUACCAGAAGGCUGGUGUCAUGGCCAGCACGAAGAAGAAGGAAGAGGAGGAGACCAAGACGUCGUCGGGCGGUCUCAGCUUCGAUGAGGACUUUUAGAUGAUGCCACUAUACCCGGUCUGGCACAGCCACGAUGUUUGCUUUGGUUUUACGAGGAUAUUUGAGUAUACGCAUGGGUUUGGCGUUGGAGGUUAUUAAUGGUUGUAUUUAGAUGAAUGUACAUUGGAUAUAUGAGUACUCUACUGUUUCUGUUUUAGUAUGCACGCACCGCUGCCUUGUCGAUCUCCAC